CGCAAUACAUACUUGGUGAAUGAGUCACUGUGUAUAAGAGGAGGCGCAGCAACCAUCUUGUGAAGGUUACUACCACAGAGAACCUUCCCCUAUCUCUAGUUGAACACAGAACCGACGGCCACAGCUGGAGUCUUCAAGAACCCAUACUCACACGCACCAUCUCUGUGAAAGAAUAUUAACUUGAACAUAUAUUAAAGAUCAGAACUCUAGUGGAUAAUCAUAAAUAGAAACUCAAUAUUCAGGAAGAUUGUUCGCAUCCUCCCAUGUGAUCACCGAGGAAAAGAAUCUGUUCAACGCCUCCACCUUGUCCUGGUCAGAAUCUGCAUAAUUACCAUGUUCUAGCCUCAUGUUCAAAAGAAAUGUGUGAAAUGAUGACUGGUAGAUGCUUGAUGGGCACCAGAAGUCUGGACAGAGAUGUAUAGAAAAUAAAACUAUCUCUUGGCUCCGCUUCUGUAAAAACUGUAAUGUGGCUAAGAAAAGUCUAGCAUAUCAUUACUGGAAGGGCAAAUUGUUUGGAAGAACUUUUUAGUGAACUGGCUAUUACUUUAUACUUGAAUAAAAGAAAUAUAUUUGUGAAGUUAAUCGCUUUUAAUCUCUCAAAACUACUUAUCUUAUACCGUAUAUUAUACCGUUAAGAAUACAAUUUGGGCCAUCUAACACAUUGGGCAAAUAUAAGAUUCAGAACAGUGCUCAUCUACACUCAGAGAGAGGUCGGCAAGAGCACGAAUAUUAACAAGGUUUUAGUACUUUAUAUAUAUAGAUAGUGCAAUGGGUGAUGCCAGUCUGAAUAAUGAACAGCUUUCAAGGGAGCAGUAUCGCAAGAACACAUUUACAAAUAUUACCUUUAACAUAGAUGAAGAGGCAUUUGCAAAGGCUGGUUUCUAUUAUACACAUAAAGGGAAUGUUGUAAAGUGCUUUCAGUGUAAUUUAGAAAUUGAUACAAAACAAAUGACUCCAGGAAAAGAUAUCACCAUUCUCCACAAGGAAAAGAAACCCGAUUGUAUAUUUGCACAAUCCUUCAAUCGGUCCAAGAAAUUUGCUUCCUAUGACAGUCUACGGUUUGAGAAAGAACGCUUAGAAACCUUCAUUGAGUGGCCAGUGCCUUGGCUGCCUCCUCGUGACUUGGCUGCUGAUGGCUUUUAUUACCUGAGGACUGCUGACCAUUGCGCCUGUGUUUUCUGCCGAGGUAUUGUAGGUGCCUGGGAAAUGGGCGACACACCCAGAGGAGAACACCAGCGGCACUUUCCCCACUGUCCAUUCAUCAGGGGCCAACCAGUUGGAAAUAUUCCACUUGUACACAGUGGUAUUCUAUCCAAGCUGAGUCCUAGUACUGGUGCAACACAUUUGUCAACCAAACAUGGGGUAGGAGUAGAUGUCUGUGGUACUCCAAGACACAUGGCUGGCUCAUAUCCAGAGAACAGACCUCCAAAGAAUGGAAGCAUGGUUUUUGAGGGUAUGGGCUUGCCUCAGCACAGUGGCGCCAAGCGAAAGGAUUAUCUGACAUACGAUAGUCGUCUGGCAAGUUUUGUCAGGUGGCCAGAACUUGUAAAGCAGAAACCUGAGGAGUUGGCUGAUGCUGGAUUCUUCUACUGUGGUUUGAGCGAUCACGUGCGCUGCUUCCACUGUGGAAGUGGACUUCGUAAUUGGGAAUCUGAUGACAAACCCUGGGAUGAACACGCCCGUUGGUACCCAGAGUGCAACUUCGUUCUGUUUAAGAAAGGACAGGAAUUCAUCGAUAAGGUCCGACGUGAAAAUCCUCCUUAUAUUCGUAGUCAACCUUCAGGUAAGGCCACUACAAGUACUUCAGCUUCUGCAGCUGCACCAGUCAAGCAAACCAUUUCUGAGAGUGAAUUAGACCCGUUAAUGGAAUUGGACAUAAUUCGUGCAGUACUUAAUAUGGGUUUCCCACAAGACAAAGUGAGAGCUGCUCUUCACAGGAAGCUUGAGCAGACAGGGUUGCCUUUCUUUAGUCUUGAACCAUGCAUUGAAGCAGUUCUACAAUAUAUGGAAGAGGAAACCAGACAAACUCUACAGAAAGCAUCUAAUCGAGGAAUAGAAAAUGAGGCAACAGCACAGCAAGUUGCAAAGAUACAAGCUGUCCAACCAAGGUCUCAACAGCAAUCGUCAUCGUCACUAGUAGCAUCUGCUACUUCAAACUCACCUGUAGUUUCAUCAUCCAAUCAUGCCUCUUCAUCUACAUCCUCCGCAAGUGCAUUUGGUCCUUCUGCUUCAGUGUUAGCUUCCACAGUUCCAGCACCAUCUUCUGCUGCAUCCUCAUCCCCAUCCUCAGCUAUCAUGUCCACCACAUCUGGUUCUACCUCAGCUUCCAGUGUCUCUAUCACAACUUCUACUCCAGCAGCUGAUGAAACUCCAGUAUCUGUUUCAUCUGCUGCUGCUCCAACUAUUACACCAUCAUCUGUUUCAUCAGCUGCUGCUUCAACUUCUACAUCAGCACCUGUUUCAUCAGCUGCUGCUUCAACUUCUACAUCAGCACCUGUUUCAGCAGCUGCUGCUUCAACUUCUACAUCAGCACCUGUUUCAUCAGCUGCUGCUUCAACUUCUACAUCAGCAUCUGUUUCAUCAGCUGCUGCUUCAACUUCUACAUCAGCAUCUGUUUCAUCAGCUGCUGCUUCAACUUCUACUUCGUUCCCUUCACUCUCAGCUGCAAACAGUGACAAUUCAUCUGUAUCCCAAACAAUAAGCACCGCUGGAGAGAGUGAGUCUAUGGAAGUAGAUGAACCAGCUGCCGCUGAAACUUUAACACAGCCUAUGGAUAUUAUUACUGAAGCUGAUGAGAUAAUGGGUAUAGCUGAAGUGGCCCUUAAGCCACCAACCUCUGGUCCUCCAUCGCUGGAUACCAUUGAGAAAAAGGUUGAAGGACAUGCAUCCAGUGAAAAGGUACUCGGAGAAGCUUCCACGUCAAGGAAUGUGAAAAAAGUACCUGCUAGUGCAACACCUCAGUCUUCUCAAGAACUUGCAGAAGAGUUGGAAAGAAUCCGUGACAUUAGAAUGUGCAAAGUCUGCAUGGAUGCAGAGAUGGAUGUGGUCUUCUUGCCUUGUCAACAUAUGGUCACUUGUUCCUCGUGUGCUUUAGCUCUUGCCCAAUGUCCAAUUUGCAGAGAAGACAUAAAAUACUCCAUUAAGCCAAUUCUUUCUUAAGUAAUGUCAUUAAAAGCAUGAAGCUGUAUUAUUACUUUGAUGUUACAGUCAAACUUUCAAGAUCUGAAUGGCUGGAGACAAAGCACUCUUUAAGUCCUGGAAAAGGCUGGAUGUGGGAGAACUAAACUAACUUACUUCAUCUAUACACAGUUUAAAGGUACUGGUAAAAGUGGUGUCACAAGAGUACCUAAACUGGCAAGCAAAUCCAGCAAUAGAUCAAGAAAUUCCAGCUAUGGUACUUUUACUGUUCCUGGUUUCUCUCUACUUCUACAUGUUGGGCUUUACUUGCCUGAAAUCGGCAUCACUUCCAAGAUCAAAGGAGAGCUACUAAUAUAUUGACUUGGAAGUAUGGUUAUUUAGCAGGUUUGCAAAAAUUCCAUUUUCUUAAUUACUUAAAUACUCGGCACAGUACAUUAAAAUGACCUUUAAUAAAUGUGAUUUAUGAAAACAGCAUCACAGAACAGUACUGUGUAUUAGAAUGAAUUAAAUGAUAAUCCAUCACCUACAUAGCAAGUGUAGUAGGCCUUGGGUGAUGCCUGUGCUGCCUUCCAUUGAGAAGCAAGGAAAAUUUCACUUGCCAGCUGAUUGCUAAUCCUAGAGCUUGCAGUGUUAAUUUGCCAGCAGCUAUAUUUGCAAUUUAUCUGUAUAUUCGAUACACAAACUUAUAUGUGAAUGCAAGUAUAUGCUAAGAUUUUACACGUGCUUAUAAAUUAAUAGACUAGUAAAAAAAAUUUUAAUAAAAGUCUUAAAAUGCACAAAGAUUCAUAACUGCAAACUGUGUAUCAAAGUCAAACUACUGCACUAACAGGAAAAAACUUCAAGAACUGUUAAGCUUAUUAUCUCCUGAGAAGUGUCGAUGAAAGCAGAAGGGUUCUUUGGCACGGGAUUCUUAGAAAGUAGUCUUAUCAGCUUGGAGGUUGCUUAACUCAAUAUCCUGUAUCUUUAUUGUAUACUAUUGUUAUAUUAAAUAUUACUCUGCAUGAGAAAUAAUAUAAGCUUUAUAAAUGUGUAAAGGAGUGAGGAUCUGUUCAUGGUGUGUGUAAUACUGUAUAGGGCUUGUCACCAUACUUAUUGCCAUUUUCUAUUCAACUUGUGAUUCUGAAGUCCUUUCGAAUUUAAAUUUUAUUUGUUUUUAAAUAAGUGUUUUUGGGGUUCUAAUGUUAACAGUAAACAGUAGUAUAUACUGUACAGUAUGUACGUGUGUACCCUGGGUGGGGCGCUCAACCUCUUGCACCGCUCACUUUUACACCUCAGGGGGACAGAUUUUUUUAUCUUUAGAUCAGUACAGUACAGGUAUAUACAUUAAACAUAUAACCUAUAUGUAGUGUUCUUCCUUGGUAUAUACAAUAAAACUGAAACGUG